AUGCCCCGGAUUCCAGGAAAAAGCAAGAGAUCUUCUACCGCGACGACGGCAAGAUCGCUGUCUUCCUCUCCAUCUUCCUCACGAUGGUUCGUCUUGAUGACAGCGAUCGGCUCUUUCAUUGUGGGACGUACCAUGCAGGUGCAAUGGACCCAAUCCGAACGAUUCCAGUCCGUCAUGACUCAUGUCAAGCCUCCACAAGAGCAGCAGCAACAACAGCAAGAGAUCAUAAGUAAUGAUGUGAUUGUGAGUGGUACUAGUGGGGCUGCCGUCGUGCGUUCGACCAAUCGUAAGCGUAAUCAUCACAAGAAACCCCAUUUGAUGGAAGAUGCUCCCUUUCGCAUCAACGACCGGACGCUGCGUCUGUCGCCUCAUGUGGAUCAUUUGUGGCUGCACAAUGGCAACUAUAUGCCGGAACUUCCACAAGACGAAAAACCAAAGACCAAACUCGUCUUGACGGAUUUUGGUUGGAAUCAUCCCGAUCCGACUGUCGGAAGAACCUUUGUCCGUUCCUUGCGGAUGCGAGAACUCAUGCAAGCCGUCAUUAAUCAUCCCUAUUUUGAUCCUACUUUUCGAUGGACCGAUAUGGAGAAUGGAGUCUACCAACCACACGGUAAUCUACAGUACUACGUCUUUAUGGAUGUGGAAACCUGUUUUGAAAGCAACUAUCCCUACUACAAGGGAGACUUCAAGCCAAACUUUGAUUCGGACGGAAGCCGCAAAUACACAUCCCAGUAUGAAAGUCCUUGUUAUGAUAUCCUCCAAUGCGAUGCCAUUCCCCGCAUUCUAAAGUCGCCACUCUUUCGAAACGUACCCACGGCACGGGUAUUCUUUUUCGAUUGCCGCGGUCAUGGACCCAACGAAGGCUUUCGGACGACACAAGCAUCGACACAAUUGUCCAUUGUCUCCAUUUCCAGUGGCACCAAACAGCUCCAUCCUCACAGUGACAUGGGACAACCACCGCCGCCCAUCAACCCGUCCCGACUCUCCCAUCGCAAACGACAGGAAAUUCUCGACGAAACAGCAUGCGAUCCACAACAACAAAAUAAUAAUAAUGGCAGACCCUAUUUCUUGACGUGCAUCGCCAGUACUCGCAAUGUCCUCCGCUACGACUUGUUUGGAUUGCACAAUGCCACUGCGGGGAUUGUCUUGUUGGACAAGAAACAGUUUCAAAAAUUACGUCCCAAAACAACCUACAAGAAACUCUUGCAACAAUCCGUCUUUUCGGCCACACCCCGCGGCGACAAUAAGUUUUCCUAUCGAUUCACCGAAGUUCUCAGUGCCGGGGCCAUUCCCGUGGUGCAUUCCGACGAUUGGGUAUUGCCGUUUCGGCGUGAAUUCAUUGAUUGGCCGCAAGAAUGUGCCAUUAUCAUUCCCGAAGCUAAAGUCAAUCAAACCGUCGACAUUCUCCGAGCGAUAUCCGCAGAGGACACGUGUCGUCGACGACGACGCUGUUACGAAAUUUAUACGCAGUACAUGGCCAAUCCCGAGGGGAAUAUUGACGGGAUUUUGGAAUCGGCAGAAGCCAUGGCAGCGACAACAAACGCGUAG